AUGUCGGACGUCUUUGCGAACCGCAAGUUCAGCAUCAACCGCAACACAGGCGUUCCGAGACCGGCACGCCGUUUCUCGGUCGGAGAGCCAGGGUUGAGCGAGGCCAGCAGCAAGGUCCACAGACAGUUCCGCGCUGCUCAUGAGGGCCAUCUCCCCCACGCUGGACUAGACGCUACCAGAGCCUCGACCGGCGUCGUCUGGUGCACGGAACAAGCAGCCGAGCAUGGCUUCCUCGAGGAGCCCGAAAAGUGGGCCAACCUAGGCCAGGGUGCUCCCGAGGUGGAUGACGAUAUCGAAGGCUGCUUCCCGCGGCCGCAGCACAUCGACAUCAGCACCGCCAGCCGUGAGUAUGGCCCUACGGCCGGCAUCAAGCCCCUGAGAGAGGCAGUUGCGCGUCUGUACAACGAGAUGCACCGCAAGGGCAAGCCCAGCCAGUACACCUGGGAGAACGUCGCCAUCGUCCCCGGCGGCCGUGCGGGCCUCAUCCGCAUCGCUGCUGUCUUGAACAAUGCUUAUGUCGGGUUCUUCAUUCCCGACUACACAGCAUACAACGAAAUGCUGUCUCUGUUCAAGAACUUCGCCGCCAUCCCCGUUCCUCUCUCAGAAGAAGACGGCUACCACAUCCACCCCGAGAAGAUUGCCGAGGAAAUCGCCCGUGGAACCAGCGUGAUUCUCACGUCCAAUCCCAGGAACCCCACAGGCCGUGUCGUCCAGAACCCGGAGCUGGCCGAGAUCCAGGACCUGUGCCGUGAGCGCGCCACGCUCGUGAGCGACGAAUUUUACUCAGGCUACAACUACACCAGCGGCUGCGACGGCUCGACCAUCAGCGCUGCUGAAAACGUGAUCGACGUCGACGAGGACGACGUGCUGAUCAUCGACGGCCUCACCAAGCGCUUCCGCCUGCCCGGCUGGCGCGUGGCAUGGAUCCUGGGCCCGAAGGAGUUCAUCAAGGCCAUCGGCUCGUGCGGCUCCUACCUCGACGGCGGCACCAACGUUCCCUUCCAGGAGGCGGCCAUCCCGAUGCUGGAGCCGUCGCUGGUGAAGCAGGAGAUGGCGGCGCUGCAGCGCCACUUCCGCGAGAAGCGCGACUACGUGGUCAAGCGCCUGCGCGACAUGGGCUUCACCAUCCGCCACGUGCCCGACUCGACCUUCUACCUGUGGCUCAACCUCGAGGGCCUGCCGGGCCCCAUCUCGGACGGGCUCAACUUCUUCCAGGCCUGCCUGGCCGAGAAGGUCAUUGUUGUCCCCGGCAUCUUCUUCGACCUGAACCCGUCGAGGAGAAGGGAUCUGUUUGACAGCCCCUGCCACCACUUUGUGCGCUUCUCGUAUGGGCCCCGGAUGGAGGUGCUCAAGAUGGGGUGUGAUGGGAUUGAGAGGGUUAUUAACAAGUAA